AUGAUGAGGAUCUUUUCAAAGUCAAACUUAAAAGACGUAUUUUUUCUAUGGGCCAUCUUCAAUCUGAAGUUUUGUGUUAAGGGACACCCUAUGACUAACGCACUACGUGUUGCUGAAGACGCCAAAAGUCUUGGAGCUACUUCCCAUGGGGAUGAUGUUCUUCAAGUAUCCAGUGCUUUCUCGCAUCAAACCCCAGAUGGUAGAAACAUUGGAGCCACUGCAGCUGUCAAACGUCCAAAGACCGGCUUAGAGGAUUCAGAAGUUGCCGGGGCCAUGGGGAAGGGUCACCUUAAUAGUCUUGACGCACUCCAUGAACAGCCAAAUUUAUCUGGCUCAGAUGGAAAAUUGUUGGCCAGUCAAGUCGAUGACUCCAAGUUUACUGAACCAAUGCCCAAGAUCUCAAAAAGCUCCAAGCAACCCAUGGAACCCAACAAAGGACCGGUUGAAGAUAUCCCUGAUAAAUCUCCUCAUGUAGAUGAAAGUGUCAAACCUGCAACUCAAAAUCCUGAAGCAGCAAAUGGGCAAGGGUCGAAGAUUCCUGGGCAAGAUAGCAAAGAGACCUCAGCAGCUCACAGUACUUUGGAAGCUUCCAAGGCAAAUUUGAAGGAUGCUCAACCUCCCAGUGUGAAGGAUACUCAACCUCCCAGCGUGAAGGAUGCUCAACCUUCCAGCGUGAAGGACACCAAAGAAAAUCCAGUCAAAUCUACUCCAAAAAAUAAAAAGCCUACAACUUCGGUAGCAUCCAAAGGACUGCUUACACCAGAAGCACUCUCAAAGCUCUCAAAUACGCAAUACAUAAAGCAAGCAGCAGCAUCUGACAAAAAGGUGCUUCAAAACUAUAACAAGUGGAUGAGUGCGGAAGAAUAUCUACGUGACUUAAGAAGUAGAUGGUUUGGGGAAGCAAAAACCACCUUCAUAAAAAGUAAUGGUGAUGCGCUAUUUGAUGAGAGGAUGGGGGCCAUAACCCAAAUAUUGAAAGGCAGUAAAGGAAGAGGAGGAUCAACGGAUUCAGAAUCAACAAUAGAGUUGGCUGCUCAAAAGGAGUUCAUAAAGGAGCAAGCAAAGAAUCUAAAAGAUGAAGGACUUCAACGUGCUGUUCUUGCAAUCAAACUUGCUGAACAAAGUGCUGCAAAAGCUGAGAGUGCUGCUUUAAGAAGUGCUGAUCAAUUCUUCAAACGUAAUAAGCUGUUGGAAUCUUCAGCCUUGAGAUAUAAGCACACAGGUUGGUCGUUUACAAAGUUUUUCAAAAAGAUCUUUGCUUGGAUUUUCAGGCUUGGGAGAAAAGGACAACAAAACAAAACAUCGACUACAAGCGUGAAGAACUUAGGUAGCCCGGGCAAACACACACCUAAAGUUUCAAAACAACCAGCAGUUGAAGCAACAUCUGGCAAAGGUGUAAAGACCCCAGGUGGUGCUGGACUGAAAGAAAACCCUUCUCAAGGACAGCAAAGCAAACAGAAGACUACAAAAGUCAAGACAACAACAGGAGAUAGACCAGUAGGCGCCUCUGAAGCAGCAACAAAGGAUGUUACCAAACCUGCGGAUCAAUUGGAGAAGGACUUAGUUAGCCCGGGCAAACACACACCUGAAGCUUCGACAUCUGGCAAAAGUGUAAAUACCCCAGGUGAUGCUGAACUGAAAGAAAACCCUUCCCGUGCCUACAGAUUCUGGCCCUCUAGCUGGACCAAACAAGCCUCAUCAGCCGAGAGCCCCAACCGAUCUCCAGGAUAUUGGGAAUCAUGGCUACCGUGGUCCGGAAAGAAAGUCCAACCGGUGGAGAACGAAGCUCAAUCUGUUCAAAACACGGCCUCUCCCAAUGGAUGGCUUUCCCGGUUCAGGAGCAAUAGACCUCCCUCAGAAAAGGCUCUAGACCCAGACGAUAACUACUUGGGUCCAUUCUCACGGCCCGCUGAAGAGAAAAUUAAAGUCCAACCUGUAGAGAACGAAGCUCAAUCUGUUCAAAACGCGGCCUCUCCCAAUGGAUGGUUUUCAUGGUUCAGAAGCAAUAGACCUCCCUCAGGAAAGGCUCCAGACCCAGAUGACAACUACUUGGGUCCAUUCUGA